ACACGGUUGAACCUUGAAGGCAUCUCCAAAUUCCAAAGACUUGAAUUUUUUCAAACUUGAAUUGAAAUUCCCAAAUCGAGAACCAUGAGCUCCACAGCAGCAGCCACCACCAAAUCAGGCAGAGGCAAGGUCAGAGGCACCAAGUCGGUCUCAAGAUCCCAGAAGGCCGGUCUGCAAUUCCCGGUUGGUCGCGUCGCCCGGUUCCUCAAGGCCGGUCGGUACGCUCAACGAGUCGGCAGUGGCUCCCCGGUCUACCUCUCUGCUGUUCUCGAAUACCUAGCUGCUGAGGUUCUGGAGUUGGCAGGGAAUGCUGCGAGGGACAACAAGAAGAACAGAAUCACUCCGAGACACAUUCAGCUUGCGGUGAGAAAUGACGAGGAGUUUACGAGGCUUUUGGGGUCUGUGACGAUAGCUAAUGGAGGUGUUCUGCCCAAUAUUCAUCAGAAUCUGCUUCCAAAGAAGGGUGGCAAAGCAAAGGGCGAGAUUGGUUCUGCUUCCCAGGAGUUCUAGGGUUGAUAGAUUUUGUUGUUAGGAAAAAGAAGAAAAAGAAAAAUUUGAGCCCCUUGUUCGGUUAAGGCUCUUGCUUUUUGAUGGGUAGUUUAGAUUGUUAGAAGGAAGUAGCAACCUCAUAUUGUAAAGCUUUGCUUCCAGGAAGAUAACCAUGUUGUAUUCUACUGGAGUUUA